GUCUACUCUUGACGAGAUUGACCAGAUCAUGGCUCGUUAUUUCUGGGGUUACGAGGACGGUUCCGGGAGGGGGAGACGUACCCACUGGGUGAGUUGGGACUCUAUUUGUCGCCCUUUCGCUGAGGGAGGCCUUGGCAUCCGCCGUCUUAGGGAUAUAGUUACUGCCUUCUCCUACAAGUUGUGGUGGCGCUUCAGGGAAGGAAAGUCGCUUUGGGCCCAGUACCUUCGCGGCAACUACUGCCCCAGACGUGCCAACCACCCUUGUUGGGUGACGGCGGUUAGUCAUGAUAGCAGACAGUGGCGGCGCCUCACUAGGGUCGGUAGGCGCUCCCAGGAUCACAUCUUUUGGGCUUUGGGUGAGGGUGAUGUUAGUUUUUGGGAUGAGUGGUGGUUAGGUGAUAGGCCGUUGUCUAGCGAUAGGCCA